AUGGCGUGCAUUAAGCUGAAGCAGCUCGAGCAGUUCCUGCAGACGGUGGACGACUUUAGCGAGCCGAAGGUGCGGCUCGAACAGUACACCACGCCGUCGCACAUCGCUAGCCAGGCGCUGUACGCGAUACAGACCCGGCACGGCGACCUGGACGGCCGGACGGUGCUCGAUCUGGGCUGCGGACCGGGGAUGCUAUCGAUCGGGGCCGCCCUGCUCGGUGCCGACCUGGUCGUGGGGGUGGAAAUCGAUCCGGACGCUAUCGAGGUGUUCCGGAGCAACUGCGACGAGUUCGAGCUGGAAAACGUGCAGUGUGUGCAGGCGGACGUGCUACGGCUGCCGGAGAUCUUUGCCGACCGGCAGCGGCCAUUCGAUACGGUGCUGCUGAAUCCACCAUUUGGGACGAAGCAGAACAGUGGCGCCGACAUGGCCUUUCUCAAGGUCGCCAUCACGCUGGCCCGCGGCGCCGUCUAUUCGCUGCAUAAGUCUGCCACCAGGGAGCACGUCAAAAAGAAGGCACUGGAGUGGAAGGUGCGCCCGAGCCUGAUUGCCGAGCUGCGGUACAAUCUCCCCCAGACGUACAAAUUUCACAAACGCACGAGCGUGGACGUGGCCGUCGAUCUGUGGCGGUUCGAGUGUGGCGAUGCGGCCUAGCAAGGCCGCCAACGGUUGAACGGCAUUAGCAGGAUUUGAGAUAUUGUUAUCUAAGUGUGUAAUAGACAGCUAAAAGACGGGUCGGUGUAAAAAUGGCAGGGUGCAAGAACAAAACUAGUGUGAAAACACAUUUGCUAGAUAAUUUUGAGAAUGUUGUAGAGAAUUGCGCACCACAGGGGUACAGGGUGGUGGAGUGCUUACACCGCUAUCGGGGGGAACUUUUGCGAAAAUUAAUAGCGAUUCAAGUAGUAGUAUGUAAACAAUUCAAUCUCGGCCUCCUCGGACCUUUUACUCAGAACGUACCCUAGAAAUAGAGCGCACUCCAUGUUGC